AUGGCGGACGAGGAUUUUACCGAGCCUCCGAAUAUCUACUCCAAGGAUCCAGCUGUGAUUGCCUCUCGUUACACAAACCCGCCACCGCGAUCAGGCGAUGGCGACAACGCACAAUUCAUGAAGAAGGCAGAGGCCCGAAAGCGCGUCAAGACUGCAGCUCGUCCGCUUGGACCCACAGAACGCCGCUAUAUCGCUGCCAUCCAAGGCGACAGCAAGGCGGCGCAACGCCUUCUCCACGAUCGGACGCCAACAGCAGGGGCCCACCCGCUCGUGCUGCGGCUCAUCUCCGCCGCCGCUGCCGGGGACCUAGGCGAGGUGACGGCCCUGCUCGAGGACGGCGAGGUCGACAUCAACGGGCAGGACGGACUCGGGUUCAGCGCGCUGUUCGAGGCGGCCUUUUUCGGGCGGGUGGAGGUCGUCAAGGCGCUCAUUGCCGCGGGGCCAACCUCAACGCGCAAAACGGGCCCGGCAAGGAGACGGCGGUGCACGGGAUCCUGGACCCGUCGUCGCGGUGGUUCCUGCGGCCGUUUGCGGAGGAUGUGGGCGGUCGGGCGCAGGUGCCGGUGCUGGUACCCGCGCAUCUGGAGACGGUCAAGAUGCUCCUGCGGUACGGCACGUUUUGGGACUAUAGGCGGUGGGAUCGGCUGGAUAUUCGGGGCGUGGCGAGCCAGCUCCGGCGCCAGGGGGCCUUCCGUACCUCGAGGAGGCGCGGGUGCGGCCGAGGUGGGAUACGUUGCAGCGCAUCGUGGAGGUGGUGCUGAAUCCGCCCAUGUCGACGCGGAGGGCGGAGCCCGAGACGUGGAACCCGGCGGUGGAGGCGCUGCGGGGGAUAAGGCCGAGAGGCAAUGGGUCAAGGUAUAA